AUGCUUUAUCUUUUGGUUCAAGUUAGCGAAAAUAUCUAUUGUAUUAUUUCUGAACGUGUAGUAAGCAUAGAAAUCACAAAUAAUAAGUUUUUUGACCUUUUUGAUGCAAUAACAUUAGAAAAAUAUAGCGAUAGAGAGGUACAAGUUUUUGUUAGAAAGGAAAAGUCUGAAAGUUGGCGGGAAGUUGAUAAUAGGUUAAGGGGUGACUUAAAAAUGUUAGAGGUUUUGGGAUUUUUGCAAGCCAAAUGCCUUUAA